CCGGGGGACCCCGCGAUGCCGGUCCGCACCGAGUGUCCCCCACCGGCGGGUGCCUCAGCCGCCUCUGCGGCCUCGCUUAUCCCGCCGCCGCCCAUCAACACCCAGCAGCCCGGCGUGGCCACCAGCCUGCUCUACAGCGGCUCCAAGUUCCGCGGCCACCAGAAGAGCAAGGGGAAUUCGUACGACGUAGAGGUGGUGCUGCAGCAUGUGGACACGGGAAACUCUUACCUUUGUGGGUACCUGAAGAUUAAAGGCCUUACUGAGGAGUAUCCAACCCUUACGACCUUCUUUGAAGGAGAAAUAAUCAGCAAAAAACACCCUUUCUUAACUCGCAAGUGGGAUGCAGAUGAAGACGUUGAUCGGAAACACUGGGGCAAGUUUCUGGCUUUUUAUCAGUAUGCAAAAUCAUUUAAUUCAGAUGAUUUUGAUUAUGAAGAGCUGAAGAAUGGGGAUUAUGUCUUCAUGAGGUGGAAGGAGCAGUUCCUGGUCCCAGACCACACGAUCAAAGACAUCAGUGGUGCUUCCUUUGCCGGCUUCUAUUACAUCUGCUUUCAGAAGUCGGCAGCCUCCAUAGAGGGCUACUACUACCAUCGGAGUUCAGAAUGGUAUCAGUCCCUCAACCUGACCCACGUUCCUGAACACAGUGCACCCAUCUAUGAGUUCCGGUGACAGCGGUUCAGAACAGCAGCCAAAUAAAACUGAACUUGGCAACAAAGAGCUUUGCCAAGGAAAUUGUG